AUGGCGUCCACCGGCCUUGUCGAGUCGUUUGUGGCCGCGAUACAAGCGAGCCUCUCGGUCCUGCUCGUCAUCUUUUACGGCGGCAUCGCUGCCUAUCUGGGCCUCCUCAAGUCCAGCAGCACAAAGGCCAUCUCGAAAGUCUGCGUCCGCCUCUUCCUGCCCGCGUUGCUCUUUACAAAGAUUGGCGCCGAGCUGCACAGCGGAUCGGCCCAUCGCUACGUCGUCGUCCUCGCCUGGGCGCUCGUGUGCCAUGCCGUGUCCUUUGUGCUCGGCAUGGCCGGCCAUUUGCUGCUGGGCAUGCCCGACUGGACCACGGUCGCCGUCAUGUUCAACAACACGACGAGCUACCCGCUGCUCCUGAUUGGCGCGCUCGACCAAACGGGCAUCCUGCAGGUGCUUGUGGAUGCGAGCGGCGCGGAUGAGACGACGCGCGAGGCCAUAGAACGCGCCAAGUCGUACUUCUUGGUGUUUUCGACCGUCUCGAGUUGCCUGACCUUUGCCGUUGGACCGCGGCUGAUGGACUCGGAGCAUGCGCCGGAGCCCGACAACGUGACGGGCGACGACGAUGAAGGGAAAGAUGACGUUCUCGACGUACAAGGCGCGAAUGACACCAACGCCGAUGCCGACGAUGAGGAUGGAGACGAGUACGACGACAGCAACGACAACGGUCGCGACGUGUAUGACGAAGAGGAGGGUGGUGACGACGGUGCCAAUGACGUCGUCCGUCCCGCAUCGAGCGUCAGUGGCUACGAUCCACUGUCGGCGGCCCCACCCAUCGAGUCUGCGCCCGUCAACGAAACGACGGGGCUGCUCGCGCGCGACGAAGCGGCCACCAGCAACCGCGACAGCCUGACAAAGUCCUCGUUCCGCCAGUCCAUCAUUCGCUUUGUCGACCCCUUUGCGUCUUCGUCGCGGCCGCAAAACUCCUUCUUUCCCUCGACGCGGCACCGCAACAAGUCUCCCUAUCCAGCGAAUGCGCCGACGUCGAUCUCGUCGUCCGCCAUACACGCCGACGACCACAACCGUCGCCGGGUCUCUGUCGUGCCCCGCUCCACCUGGCGCUCCCUCGGCCCGCGCACACGCUGGUGGCUCCUGUUCAUUGCCGACUUUUUCAAUGCGCCGCUGCUUGGUGCGCUCGCCGGUGCCGUCGUCGGCCUGACGCCGACACUACACCGCGCGUUUUUCAGCCCGGCGACGGAUGGCGGCGUCUUCACGGCAUGGCUGACAGCCUCCCUCGACGACAUUGGCGGGCUGUUUGUGCCGCUGCCCGUCGUCGUGGCGGGGGUGUCGCUCUACACGGCAAUGGGGCAGGCUAAGAAGACGGAGGGCAAGCGGCCCAGCCAGCAGAGCGAGAGUGCAGAGGUCGGAGCCGGGCACAGCGAUAGUGGGAAACCGCUGCCGCUUGGCGCCGUGACGUACAUCUUGGUUCUGCGUUUUGUGCUGUGGCCCCUGGCCUCCAUUGCUGCAGUCUAUCUGCUGGCGUCGAGGACGGAACUUGUCGGCGACGACCCGAUGCUAUGGUUUGCUCUGAUGCUGAUGCCGACAGGCCCGCCUGCAAUGAAGCUCAUAACGCUGGUGCAAGUCAGCAAUGCCGACGAGGACGACGAAACGAGCAUUGCAAAGUUGUUGACAAUCUCCUACCUCAUGUCGCCCAUUCUGUCGUUUGCCGUUGUCGGCAGUCUACGGGCCAGUCUGGCGAGCGUGCAACAUUAG